AUGGCAACGGCGCCCCACAUAAACACGUCAUCAUCAUAUGGGAGAUCGUCAGGAUCGAUGCCAGGCUCAAGCACGGAUGGAGGCAGCAGCUCAGCAGUGCAGCUUCCGCGGACGACGAACCGAUAUUUGUCGGCAGAUGCAGAUGCUGCUCUUGCGAUGCGGUCAGACAAGACGACAGUGGGCGCUGUCGUCACAGGGUUGCUUGUGAGUGGUGCAUUGCAGUAUACGAGCACGUGUCUUGCGAUGCCCUUUGAAGUUGGUAAGCUCUUGCUGCAAGUGCAAUGGGUGCCACGGGAAGACGUCUGGAAGCGUGUGCAAGCAUCGUCAGGCACGACACUCCCAAGGCGCCGGAAGCGUAGUACGAGCGAGUUGGAGCAGGAUCCGUGGAGUGACGCGCGUAGUCGGUCGUCAUCUGCUUGGGCUACCGGGACCGACCCGGACAAUGACGCUGAUCAAGACGGCAUGAGUGCUCGUGGUGCAGGCGGUCAUGCCGAUGGGGAUGAUGCCUGUGACUAUGAGGACGAUGAGGACGACGAUGCACCCAGUAAGUACUUCCGCGAUCCGUCUGAUGUCGCGAGCACAUCAGCGUCGAGGCGGCGCGUCGACAAGCAUGGCUACGUUGUGCCAGAAACACAGGAGGAUGCUAGCACACGGCCCGAGUUCCUAAUGCCUGUGGUCGUAAAGGGAGGUGUGUGGGAGAUGAUCAAGGCUGUCGUACGUGGAAAGGAGGGAUGGAUGGGUCUGUGGAAGGGCGCUUUCACAACGUUUCUCAUGGACUUGUCAUCCACGACGCUGCAGUCGAUCUUGUCGGGCAUCAUGUCCAUCUUUGCACCAACGGCCCUGAAUCCUAUGCCCAUUGCUUUCUCGCCGCAGCCCAUCAAGACGCUGACUCUUUUGAUGACGUCGCAUCUCAUGACGGGCAUCUUUGUGUCGCCGCUGGAUCUGAUAAGAACGCGCCUCAUUGCGCAGUCGACGCUCCCUCAGCACCGCAAGUACAAGGGUCCGUUCGAUGCUCUGCGAACUAUUUUCCGCGAGGAGGGUGGCUGGCGCACCACUUACUUCCACCCGAAUCUGCUGAUUCCGACGAUUCUCGACUACCUGUUCCGCCCACUAUUUGCGCUGAGCGCGCCACUACUGAUUGAGAAUGUGUUCCAUCUUGAUCCAAGCGCAUACCCCAUUUCCUAUGCGCUGGCCGAGCUCGUUAUUUCGACGCUGUCGCUAGGCAUCACACUCCCAAUCGAGACGGUCCGUCGGCGUCUGCAGCUGCAGUACCACGAGCCACUGCGCAAUGAUCGCGUCGGCGGACUUUUGACCGUGCCGAACACGAGCACGGCACGCCGUGGUCUCCGCACAUGUGUCGAGACGCGCCCUGUGCCAUACACGGGCGUCGCCGAGACCGUGUACCGCAUCGUAACCGAGGAGACUGCAGCUCGAUCCGUGGCACCCAAGUCGGACGAUGGUGCCAUGUCCGACGACGAGGCACCCACUGUCGCUGCCAGCACACAUACCCGACUUAGCGGCCUGCGUGGUCUGUAUCGUGGCUUGAGCAUGGGCGUGACAGCCAACUUGUUGGUGUUUGUACUGACCUUGUUAACCGGCGAGCGGCAGACACAGACGACCGGUUGGGCCGAAUUGUAG